GUAAAUAGGUUGUGAAAGAAUAAGAAAGAAUGGAAAAAAUAUUCAUAACUUUGUUGAAACAACAACAUGACUAAAGGAAAACUAGAAUAAAAAGAGAUUCUCGUUAUCAUGCGUGUGUUGUGCGCAGUCGGUGAUUCCCAAAGUACUAUGAACUUUCACACAGACAAAGACUGAUACGUCUAACAGUUUGUAUAAAUACGGUGCAGCUCAGGACAUUCGAUAUCAGUGACUUCUCAUUCGGAGGUCUGACCACCGGUUAAUCAGAAAAUCAUGAAGAACUUUAUCUUCGCCAUUCUGGCUAUUACCUUUGUGGUAGCCGCAUCUACCACCACAAUCCCAAAUACACGUAAAACUGAGCUCCGUCGUCGUCGGGAAGCUGGACCAGAACCAGAACCAAGUAAUCGACCACCCCGACCUAUAAGUCUCCCACCAAUUAAUCCUCGCCUUCCUCGUGAAGCUGAUCCAGAACCGGAGCCAGGCAACCGACCAGUGUACAUUCCACCACCACGUCCACCACAUCCGCGCCUUCGUCGUGAAGCUGAUCCAGAACCGGAACCAGGCAACCGACCAGUGUACAUUCCACCACCACGUCCACCACAUCCGCGCCUUCGUCGUGAAGCUGAUCCAGAACCGGAACCAGGCAACCGACCAGUGUACAUUCCACCACCACGUCCACCACAUCCGCGCCUUCGUCGUGAAGCUGAUCCAGAACCGGAACCAGGCAACCGACCAGUGUACAUUCCACCACCACGUCCACCACAUCCGCGCCUUCGUCGUGAAGCUGAUCCAGAACCGGAACCAGGCAACCGACCAGUGUACAUUCCACCACCACGUCCACCACAUCCGCGCCUUCGUCGUGAAGCUGAUCCAGAACCGGAACCAGGCAACCGACCAGUGUACAUUCCACCACCACGUCCACCACAUCCGCGCCUUCGUCGUGAAGCUGAUCCAGAACCGGAACCAGGCAACCGACCAGUGUACAUUCCACCACCACGUCCACCACAUCCGCGCCUUCGUCGCGAAGCUGAUCCAGAACCGGAACCAAAUAACUGACCAGUGCGAAUACAUCACCCAAACAUCAUAUCCGCCAGGCUGGAUAUUCAUUAAAUACUUGAAGAAGUAUUCAUUAUUUCCUUAAUAUACCCGAGGCGAAUUGAAAUAUUUUAACCUAAUACUCUGUAAGAUGUACUUAACUUCACAAUAAAAUUGGUUGUUAUUUUAAAAUA